UUCAGCAGUACUCAAAACCGCUACUUAUUUGUCCUUGUGCCAAAAUGAAAUUCCUCAUUGUUUUUGUUGCUCUCUUCGCCAUCGUCUUGGCCAACUCUGAUCAAGAUGCUCAAAUUUUGCGUCAAGAUUCCAAUGUAGAACCACUGAGCUACCAAUAUGCGCAAGAAACCAGCAACGGUAUCAAAUCACAAGAAUCCGGACAGGUUCGUUAUUUGGGCACUGAACAAGAGGCCAUCGCAGUUCAAGGCUCAUACUCGUAUGUCGGUGAUGAUGGCCAAACUUACACCGUUAACUACAUUGCCGACGAGAACGGUUUCCAACCCCAGGGUGCUCAUAUCCCUGUUGCAUAAA